AUGUACAGAGGGGUGCAGCUGCUCAUCCUGCUCUACUUCAUCUGGUACGUGUUCAUCAUCCAGAAGGGCUACCAGGAGAGCGAGACGGGCCCCGAGAGCUCCGUGCUCACCAAGGUGAAGGGCGUCACCCGCUCCCCCAGCAAGGUCUGGGACGUGGAGGAGUACGUCAAACCCGCCGAGGUGAGGCUAGGGAACGUGAAGGGCGAUAAGAACGGCUACCUCAAAGGCUGCACCUUCAAUGAGACCACGGACCUGUACUGCCCCAUCUUCCGCCUGGGCUCCAUUGUGGAGCAGGCAGGAGAGAACUUCACCGCGCUGGCCGAACAGGGCGGCGUUAUCGGGGUGAUCAUAAACUGGAACUGUAACCUGGACCUGCCCGACUCCGCGUGCAACCCCAGCUAUUCCUUCCGCAGGCUGGAUCCCAAGAGAACUCAGGUGUCUUCUGGCUACAACUACAGGUUUGCCAAAUAUUACAACUGCAACGGGACGAACACGCGGAGCCUGAUCAAGGCCUAUGGGAUCCGCAUUGACGUUAUUGUGCAUGGCCAGGCAGGGAAGUUCAGCCUGAUCCCCACCAUCAUUAACCUGGCCACGGCGCUGACCUCGGUGGGAGUGGGCUCCUUCCUCUGCGACUGGAUCUUACUGACCUUCCUGAACAAGAACGACAUGUACAGCGCCCGGAAAUUCGAUCAGGACAGGACCCCGGCGCCAGGCGGCAUUGGUAACGCCUGCACCACCCAGGCCUCCUCGCCGGCCCACCCCAAGGGCCCCGGCCAGCUCUGA